AUGUCAGAUUAGAUCAACGUGGCUAUAAUUCGUCUAAAUUAAGAGAGAAAAUUACUGAAAGAACGCUAGAAUACUAUUAAUUCUGAAAGCUCUCAAAAUUACAGAACUGGAUAUUAAAAGUAGAGACUGUCGACUCUUGAGCCACCGAAGUUAUUCAUGCAGGUAAUACAAGUUCCUUAAAUGAAAACUCAACGACCCAUAAAGAUCAAAACUAAAUUGAAAGUCAAUGCAAAUUUCAGGAGACGUAGUAUGAGUCAGAAGACAGAAAAGAAUGGUAAUCCAAUGGUCGGUGUAGUAAGGAAAUUCGAUUUAUCUUUUUUAAACUAUGAUCCUUUGCCGAUUGUAUAUUAUAAUCAAGGCAAGAUGUUGAAGUAGAAGAGAUAGGGCUCAAAUAUAAUAAGAGUUUGA